GUCGUCAGUAACUAGAUUCAACAACAUGGCGGGGACAAGCGAAAGUGAUAUUUUUGGGAACGCGUCUCUUUUCGAGGAUUUUUCGGAUGCAGCACCCUCAGAACCACAGACCGAAAGUGACAGUGCUGAAAUUGACGACCAUGGUGACGUUUUUAAGCAAAUGAAAGAGGAAAUAGAUGUACUAAAGCAAGAAAAUCAGGAGCUGAAGAGACAGAUGCGACUCCUUAUCCAUCCUGGUACAUCGAAGACAGGAGCAGCCAUUCCUGAUGCCCCAGUGGCACAGGUACUCCUCUUUGACAAUGAGGCUAUUUGCUUUCGUAGACAUGAGAUUGAAGAGUUCUUUCAGUAUCUAGCGUCAACAAAGCACCAAGAUGGAGGAGGAGGCGGGGUCUCAGACGGUAUCAGGCCCAAGCUCCAGAGAUCCUCCAAGCCCUUGAGGAACGAUUUUGCCAAUAGCUCAUCUGAUGAGGCCUUCAUGGUGACCAGCAAUGUGCAAUACUACCAGAUGUUCUGCCUGGACAGCCUCGGUCAACCGCUGGUGGACGCAAACCCUCAGCUGACUGAAGGAUGGCAUGUACCUCUCUACACUGUGAUAUUCCAUGAAGCCCUUCCCAUCGACGAAACUGAGAAACCUAGUCAAAAUAGAGCGAAACGCAGUAAAGCGACUUGUUGGAAUUGUGGUGAGGAAGGUCACUCACUACGAGAUUGUCCAUAUCCCAGAGAUCCAGAGAAGAUCAGCCUGGCCAAGAAAGAGUUCAUGGAGCAGAGUGCGGAGAAUCUCUCGUUGAACCAGCGCUACCACAAAGAGGGAGAAGAAGGAGGUUUUGACCAGCGCUUUGCCAAGUUCAGACCGGGACAGAUCAGCGAUGACCUCAGGGAAGCCUUGGGCCUAGACAGACAGCAGAUUCCUCCCUACAUCUUCCAGAUGCGGUUGCUAGGGUACCCACCCGGUUACUUGAAACAGGCAGAGGUGAUGAAGUCGGGGCUGACGGUGUAUGACAUCAAAGAUGGAGAUGAACCGGGACAAAUCCAUGCUGAUGAAGCUGACACCAGGCCGACCUAUGACCCCUUGAAAUUGAUUGAAUAUCCAGGCUUCAACAUAGCCUUACCAGACGGCGUCAGAGAACCCGAGGGCGUGCCCCCGAUGCACCCUGCCCACAGCAAGCAAGCCUUCCAGUUGUUCAUGACGCCGCCCAGGGUUUCCGACAACGGACAGAAGAGGGCGCGCAGCAGGGACUUUACCGAGGACCCCAGUAAGAAGCGGCCACGCUUUGAGCGAGUGGAGGUAGACAUGGAAGUAGAUGAAGCAAAUGCUGCAGACUUCAAGCCACCAUUGCCACCCACUCCUAUACCUGAGACUCCACCCCCUUUACCAUCGUCCACGCCCCCGCCUACACCGGGUACCACACCUAGGUUCACGUCUGUAGACAUGCCCAGUGAGCUGUUGAGUGUCAGGAGCCCAGGCAGCACCGAUGUUGAAGCAGAAGACGCCAGCCAGUCCUCAGCCACGCCUGGCUCUGUGUCGCCCUCCAUGGACGACCUCGAGAGAAUGCAGAGCCGGCUGCGCGAGGCCCUUAUGCAGGCAGCCACUGACGACGGGAGCAUCACACAGUCAGAUGCCAGUGACAAGUUUGUGGUGGACGGGGAGGAAUUCUUUGUGGAGUCGGUGUCCGAUGAAAGUGAAGAGACUGAAGAGAGGGCUUUGCACGCUGAUGAAGAUGUUCCUAAACAUGCAAGCUCAUGUGAUGAAGAUAUACAAACUCAGAGUUUGGAGUCAAGGUCUCCAGAAGGUACGAGUUUUGCCAAAGAGGAAUGUGAACUGAGUACUUUUGAAGAUGUUCAGGAAAGUGGUACUUUGACAGAACAGGAAGCCAGUUUACCAACAUCUGAACGGACUGCGGAGGACCGGAGUGAGGAGGCCGAAGAGGAGGAAUCCAAAGCUGUCGGAGGUGGAGAUGACUUGGUGCCGGGGGAGCUAGCCGAGGGGAGCCUGGACACAACCCCCAAUCGCUCGGGGGUGCCGCAUCUCAGCAAGUUCGCUGUGGGGAUCUCACCCCAUGAGAACGAGAACCUGACAGAGACCACGGGAAUACUGAAAAGAAUCCUGAGUAUCUUCAAGAGGAAGAAAGGGAAGCCGUCAAGCUGAGAUUGGCCGAAUGCUUGUAGACAUGAGACCUGUUUCCUCAAGAUUUUUGUCUUCAAAAACUGUGUUUAAAUGGCCUCGUGCAAAAUCUAGCGGCUGAUCUCAUGAAACUUUUGGUUCCUUGCAGUAGGCAUAAGUGUUGCACAGCAAACUCACCUGCGCAGUACUUAUGAUCAAUUUCACAAAAUGUUGCUUUUUUCUCAACAUUUUAAACACUUUAAGCGUCUUGAGUAGUAAAAAACCCUCCCAGCUAGGACAACGUCUGUUGUCUUCAAGGUGUUUAUACCAAUUGCCAAACAGUUGUGGGAUCAGCUGUGUUGAAACAGUUGGUGUGGGGCAAAUCUAAACAUUUUCUCACAAGUGAGAGCUGUAAGCUCAUCAGUGAUGGGCUGUACAACUGCAGCAAUUAGUUAACAAAAUUAUUUAUUUGCUAUUGGUUUGCCAUAACUUACUGUGCCCAAGACAGUUUACACAGGGUACUGCAUGCCCUGAUUUGAUAUAUAAGGUGUAGACUUCCACACUGUGUGACUUUGCUGGAAUGGGUCAUAACUAUUUGCGUCGUGUCAGUGCUAAAAGGCCCUCACUGGAAAAUUGCUUUGAAAGGUCCUUAUUGGAAAUUACUAAUCUAAACUUGAAAUCGGGCAACAAAAUUUAUUUGGUUAAAUUUAAUAUGUUGGCCCAAGAAAACUAGUUCAAUAAAUAAAAGUACAUCAAAUGCAUUCUGUUUGAAUACAAUAUUUUUUUCCUGCUCAGAGUAAGGCCCUAAAGAGUAUUUUUUUAAAAAUUUUUCUGUAAUGACCAUUUAGCACUGAGCCGAUGAUUGCACAAAGUUUUUAUAAUAAAAGGUGGAAUAUUUUGAGUUAUGCCAUUGCCCAAAGUUUCCUGAAAUCAGCCGUGGUCCAUACGUGUAUAUGCAUUUCAAAGGGUUUGAAGAAGCUCGCUAGAGAAACAAUUAUUGAAUCAUUUCUCGUUGGCCCUGUACGGUGUGAGUGGUGGUUAAGCAAUCACCUGCCAGUAUGUACAACCCCACAGUAGUGUCACUCCUUGAUGCAUCAUUUGGAAGGUGCUGAGAUGAAUGGACGGACAUGCACCAAGUCAGAUGGACAGAGAUGUUGUCUUGAUAGAUCUACAGGCCCCACUGAAAGUAUCAAAACAUUACCUGCAGCUGUAAUGUUCUGCAGUUCUUGUGGAAAUUUGCCUUAAUUGCUUGAUGUAGGACAUUUGCCAAGGUUGAAUUCACUUGAUAAGGCCACAUUUUACGGAAAUUGUUUGAAGCUGAAAAAAAACUGAAAGCUAAGGCCGGGUUUGAUCAGCAACCAUAAUAACUGGUCAGUGUUGAUUGGUUGGUUGAUAACAUUGGUCAAAUUUCCCAGAAAUAAGGAUAUAUUUUGGGCAUAGUGUACUGAGCAGAAUCAACUAUUGGUCGACAAGUUUAUUGAACUUCGCCAUACGUAUUAAGCGAAAAUAAAGUUACACCAGUGUUCAGCUCUCAACUAAAAUGUGUAAGGGAUCUGCUUAAAAUGGUAUUUUCCUGCUUUCUGUAUGAGGAACUGAACAAGUACAGCAUAUAGGCCAUGAAAACUUUGUGCAAAAGGAGACGUGUUCAACAAAACUGCCAGUCCACUGUUUUGAUUUUGAUUUUAUUUUAUUUUAUUAUUUUCAUUUUUUUUUUUAGCAAGAGGAGGGUAAUGCUAUCUCAGUGCCCAAUUGGAACUUUGUACCGAGAUGUAUUUUUGUAGGCAUUUGUUUCGUGGCUGGAAGAACUCAUAAUUUCCUUUAGAUGCCCUUUUUUGUACUUGUAUAAAAACUUAAGUUCUUCCAAGAAGCCUGUACUGUAUGUGCCCCCCCCAACUCGGGGGGGGGGCUCAAAACUUCAACUCAGAACAUUGUACACUUCUAAAAA